GGCGAAGUGCAUCGCGGGAACACUGUUACAGAUUACCUCACGCAGGAGCGUGAGCGCGGUAUAACGAUAUGCAGCUCGGCGGUCGCUUUCAACUGGCGUGGACACAAAAUAAAUCUUUUAGACACCCCGGGUCAUAUAGACUUCACUAUGGAAGUGGAGCAGUCGCUGCACGCUGUGGACGGUGUUAUUGUAGUGUUAGAUGGCACAGCUGGCGUCGAAGCACAAACAAUCACGGUAUGGUCACAAGCUGAAAAACAUCGUUUGCCCAAACUUGUAUUUGUGAAUAAAAUGGAUCGUCCGGACGCAGAUUUCAUGGCCUGCGUGCACGACUUGUCGCAGAAAUUGGAUGUAAAACCCAUUUGCUUACAGUCGCCAUUGAAGGAUGAUAAGGGAAAUUUGGGUAUAUUGGAUGUAAUCACACAGCAAACUUUCACUUGGAAUACUGAAAGUUUGGGUCGCGAGUAUUCAGCACAGCCACCUUUAGAUGUACAUCUGGCAGAGUUGCAAGAGAAACGUUACACCCUGAUAGAUGAGCUUUCCGGUAUCGAUGAUGAGCUAGCGCAGGUAGUUAUAAAUAGUGAAGGUUUCGAACAAGUCAGCAACGAGCUAAUCCAACAAGCCUUGCGACGCUCUGUAGCGCGGCGUAAGGUGGUGCCAGUGCUUGUUGGCUCGGCAUACAAAAAUGUAGGCAUUCAGCUCGUAAUGGAUGCAGUCAUUGAUUAUUUACCAGCACCUCAUGAACGCAGCCAGCUUUACGAUUGUUUUGGUGAAGAUUUUGUCGGCAAAGUUUUUAAAAUUGUGCACGACAAGCAACGUGGUACCUUGACGUUAGUGCGCGUGUUUCGUGGGGAAUUGAAGAAAGGCUCACGUUUGGUUACCACACGCAACACUGCAGAGGUGAUUAGCAAAGUUUAUGAGCCUUUAGCAGAUGAGUACCGGGAAAUUAGUGGAGUGCCAGCAGGAGAUGUAGCAAUAUGUGCUGGCUUGAAGCAUACAGUUACUGGUGAUCUGUUGACGGCAAGUGCCUCCACACUAAAAAGUGCACAAAAGCGUUUAGGAAAAACACUGAAAUUACCUGAAAACCAUGUAACUCCCGACGAGAGCGAUACUGAUGCUACCCUAGUGAGUGAGAUAUUCGCCACAGAGCCACAAAUACCUGACGCUGUCUACUUUUGCUCCAUCGAACCACCUAGCUUAGCGACUCAGAAUGCCAUGGAGGCAGCGCUAAAGCAAUUGCAGCGCGAAGAUCCCAGCUUGCGUGUGAACUACGACUCUGUUACUGGACAAACAGUACUGGGUGGCAUGGGUGAACUGCAUAUGGAUAUUGUAAAAUCUCGCAUACUCACCGAAUAUAAAAUCGAUGUAGAUCUUGGGCCACUACAAAUUGCCUACAAAGAAACGAUUGAAGAGCCAGCAAUUGAGACUUUUCAGUUAGACAAAGACAUUGCUGGUAGUAAGCAAAGUGUAAUGAUUACACUGGAGCUGACGCGUGAACAGAAAGAACUAUUUAGGUUAUAUCCGUUAAUGCACCAUUGGCUGAGUUAUCCGGCUAUUCCAGUGUGUUGCGCACCAUUAGCUCGGGCACUGCGAGCAUGACAAUGCAACCCUGCGGUUUUGCAAAUAUGAAUGCAAACGAUGAGGUGCGUGCAAUAAAAAGAGCGCAAGGAUUUGAAUAAAUAAAUGGAAAAUAUCUGCCUCAAGUUGAGAUUUA